AUGGCAAGCCUAUCCGGUCCAGAGGGGAGCCCUCAAGCACGAACUGGAGACUCCUCCCUUGAUGAUAAGCGUCUUUCUUUUCCAAGCGACGUGAAGAGCAAAAUCGACAUAUCCUCCCUGCAGAAUGAGAGAGCCAAAUACUCCGUAAAGCCGAAUUCGUUCCUAUUUGCCACCGACCAGCAGCCUUAUAAACCGACUGCAUUCCGCGUGGUCUUCUGGUCCGCGGCUUCGCAGCGCACUCCUCCGCACGUUGCGCAGCCCGGUGUCAUGGCAGGAGAGUUGGUCCCUGUUGGGUUCGGGUUGUCAGAACCUGAGGCGCCGAGCCAGGUGUGGCCCACACCGAGUCUCGCCUUCCCCACCGCCGCCGCCGCACAACCUCUGCUGGUGCCGACCACUCGCUCUCUCUGGGCCAACCCGUUUUGCCUCGAUUUCUCGUUCCAACAACAGUUGCCGUCGCCGAACCUCGCACCGCUCGAUCACUGUUUCUGUCUUGCGCCCGAGAACUGCCCUCACUUGCCCCCGCCCUUCCCCUUCGACUCAAAUAAUACUGGGUUGCUCGGGAACCGCCAGCCAAUUGACGACCAACAUCUUUGUCAGCCCGGCCCCGCCUCGAACCUCUGCCGUGAAUAUCCUCAACUCCCAACACCCAUCGACCCGCCCCCUUCACUCUUUCAAAAUCCUUUUAUAGAGUGCCUCCCUCCCUCAGAGUCUUCGGGCGCAAUAUCCGCAUUCUCACCGUCCGAUCUUUCACCAAACGACCGCCUGGACUUGUCGCGCAUGUCCAACUCCAGCUGGGACUACUCCGGCCUGCCCUUGCCACGCCAAACCGAGCCGAAUAGUGACGACUAUUUGCACGCUUUGGUGACUAACGACUUCAGCUCCCCUUCACUACCCCCGCUGAGCCCACGUCUGCUCCGCCCUCACUCUGACUACAGAAGGGCCUUGCAGCGGCAGGCAGAAGUGGGACUCAUAGGGGAUCUACCAACUCCCACAAAUACCACCAACGGCAUCAACAGUAGCGGAGCGUCACACAACCCUAUCCACAUCGAUCUCGACCACACAAGUAGCUCACCGCCGCCAUCGCUCAGCCCGAUAGCCAACAUGCCUUCCACCCGUGCCAAGCGCACUCGAGAGGCGUCCAUCGCUGACGCUUCCGAGACCUAUCCAGCGAAGCGGCGACGGUCAUCUCGGACGCCCGCCAGACCGACUAUAUCGACGAAACGUCUCCCCGCGACUGCUACCAGUAGCGCGUCUAUCUUCGCAGAGACUCUCGACGACGACUCCGACUGCGAGGCCGGUAUCGAGAUUGUGGACUUGGCAGGCAUAGAGGAGAUACCGCAGAAACCAGUCCUGGAACCCAAGGAGGAUAACAACGUUAAGCUCGGCGGCUUCCAGUGUGUCAUCUGCAUGGACGAUGUCACUGCCCUUUCGGUGACAUAUUGUGGGCAUCUCUUCUGCAGUGAGUGCCUCCACUCAUCGCUCAAUAUCGACCCUUCCAAGAAGAUCUGCCCUAUAUGCCGACAAAAAAUCGACCCCAAGGCCAAUACCCGAGGAGUCAAAACCGGCAAGACCUACUGGCCCUUGGAAUUGAAGCUCAUGACGACCACGCGGAAGGGAAAGCGUUCGGCCGCAUCAUAA